CCCAAAUAAUCGCUCCAGACGACUCUCAUGUGAACAGCCAACAUGGAGGCAAGCGUAUUUGACAGCGCCUACAACAAGCUGAUAUCGCAGGAGGACUUGAGUGUGGAUGAGCCGCCACGCCACUCAAACCAGGAGAAACAACAAGUAUCCCUGUCAAUGGUGGGGCCUGCCUCUACUUGGGACCCUAAAAGAGUGCUUGAAAUCACCUUGGCUGUGCUUGCCGCUGUUCUACUGGCUGUGGAUAUUGGCCUGGGAGUCUAUUACAACCACCUCACAGAUGAGCCUCGAAAGGUGGAAAGCAUCAACCGUGAGUUGGCCACACUGCACAAGACCUAUAACGCUGCCUCACAAAGACGACAUGAAUCCCAGAAACGUUUGGCAGAAGAGACCAGACAGCAGCAAAUAACCAAGUGGCAGCUUGAACAUCAGACUAUAAGGAGCAAAGACUACAAAAAGCAGGCCGACAAAAUCCAACUCGAUAUUGCAGUCUUAAAAUCCCACCUACCAAUGUUAAACGAGGGCUGCAGACGCUGUUCACCAGGAUGGACUCUCAUAAACUCUGCGUGUUACUUCUUCAGCUUCUCUGACAGAUACUCUCGCAGGUCGUGGCAGGAAGCACGGCAGUUCUGCAACAAGCAUGGCAGCGACCUGGUGGUGGUAGAUACCUCAGAGAAGCAGAUGAUAAUAAAUCAGUUAAUAAAUCAUCAUCAAGACCCAUCAAUGUCCAUCACCCAGAGUGGCUUCUGGAUCGGACUGAGAGAUGUGGAAGAGGAGGGAGUUUGGAGGUGGUUGAAAGGAACAAGGCUAAUUGAAGGUUACUGGAAUGAUGGCGAGCCCAAUAAUUCUGGCAAUGAGAACUGUGCAGCCACGUACCCCAGAGACAACCCCUUUAAAGGCUGGAAUGAUGCACCAUGCAGUUACAAUCUCAAAUGGAUUUGUGAAAUGCCAGCUAAUUAGCGUCACUGUUGUUUUUUCAUCUCUGACUUUUUAUUGACACAUUAUUUGUCCGAAUACAGAAUACCAAGAAUGGCUACAAAUAAUUAACUAAUAAAGUUUAUAAGUGAA